AUGGACAAAGAGUGGACUAAAUUACCGUGGUUUAGUCAAGAGUACAUCAACGGUGUUACUCGAUUUUUAGACUUUGCCUUCACUAAUGGAAGACCUCAAGGAGGUGAACUUCUAUGCCCUUGUGCUAAGUGUAAAAAUAUAUAUUGGAAAACAAGGGAUAUUAUUGGGGAUCACCUAAUAGCCAAAGGUUUUCUAGACGGUUAUGACGUUUGGUUGCACCAUGGGGAGAAACUACAAAGGUCUAUGGAAAUUGGUGAUGGGAUGGAAGAUCAAGAGGGAUCACAUGAUGACAUUCAUGGCUUAUUGCAUGACAAAUAUGGAGAUAGGGCAGAAGCACACGGAGUUCAUGAAGGUCCCAAUGACGAGGCUAGAACGUUUUACAAUUUGAUUAAAGAGGCGGAACAAGAACUGUACCCUGGAUGCAAAGACUUCUCUUUGUUAUCAUUCACGAUUCGACUCUACUUGUUGAAAUGUCUCCACGGCUGGAGCAAUAUGUCAUUCACUGCCCUAUUAGAAUUAUUGAAAGAAGCAAUGCCUGAUUUGAACAUACCGGAAUCAUUUUACAAGACAACAACCAUGAUAAGUGGUUUAGGCCUUGAUUAUAAGAAGAUAGAUUCAUGCCCAAACGAUUGCAUGCUAUUUUGGAAGGAGCAUGAAAAGGACAAUUCUUGCACUAUUUGUGAGGCUUCACGGUGGAAACAAAAUGCUGCAACUGAAGGAUGCGAGUCUGAGCAACCAAAAAAUGAUUGUAGAGUUCCUGAAAAAGUUUUGAGGCACUUUCCGUUGAUUCCUAGACUACAAAGGUUGUUCAUGUGUUCAAAGACAGCUGAGUCAAUGAGAUGGCAUGAAGAAGAGCGCUCAAAGGAUGGAAAAUUGAGGCAUCCUGCUGAUGGUAAAGCGUGGAAGGACUUUGAUGAGCUCCAUCUAGAUUUUUCUAGUGAGUCCCGCAAUGUAAGACUUGGCUUAACGAGUGAUGGGUUUAAUCCAUUUAGGACCAUGAGCUUAUCUCAUAGUACAUGGCCUGUCUUGAUGAUGGUAUACAACACACCACCUUGGCUGUCCAUGAAACCUGAAUAUACAAUGUUGUCAUUGUUGAUUCCUGGACCAAAAUCUCCAGGCAACGAUAUCGAUGUUUACCUCCAACCACUGAUAGAGGAGCUAAAGGAGUUAUGGGAAUCCGGCAUAGAGACAUAUGAUUCUUCAAUGAAUCAAACUUUUCAAAUGCGUGCAGCUCUUCUAUGGACAAUUAGUGACUACCCUGCUUAUGCUAUGUUGUCGGGAUGGAGCACCAAAGAAAAAUUGGCGUGUGCCUGUUGUAAAUCUAACACCAAUUCGUUAUACGUCAAACACAGUCAUAAGAUGUGUUAUAUGGACCACCGUACCUUUUUACCAAGAACUCAUUCUUGGAGAGACGAUGUCAAAUCAUUUAACGUAGAAGAAGAACAUAGGACUGCACCAUCCAUGUUAAACGGGGCAGAAAUUCUUGAACUCUUAAAAGAUUUCAAUAAUGAAUUUGGGAAGAAGAAAACAAAGAAAGUUGAUGGCCCGUGGAAGAAGAGGUCAAUUUUUUUUAGUUGCCUUACUAGGCUCAAAAUACAUUGCGCCAUAAUUUAG